AUGGCGUCCAUCGCCGAAAAGCAGCUGCAGAGCUUGCUGGACGGCUUCGACGCCUUGCGACUGGAGUAUCAGCGUGUCUACUCGCGAUGUGCUGUUCUCGAGGCUCAGCUGGCUACAGCAAAAUCACAGUAUUCGCGCCUUGCCGCCCUCAGUCCUGAAAAGGCCAAGCCCUUCGAUCUCUCGGCCUCUGCAGCUUUUCCUUUGGCUGUUGAUUUCGAGAGCUUGAUAAAUAGUUCUAAGAUAGUUGACGCCAGCCGUCGUGAAAAAAUCACUGCCGCUUCACGUACUUCAAAUUCGCUGCAUUCGACUGGCGUAGCCAUCCACACUGGGCCUUCGGCCGACAAACCUUCCGCUCCCACCUCAUCUGCUGCCAUGCCCUCCAUAUCAGAAUCCCCUCUCGAACAAGACUUUACUGUUCCGGGCACUCCGAGCAGACUUGAUUGCCCUUUUGCUUCCAUGGAAAGGCGCAAAUUGAGCUCGCACGCCGCUUCAGUCGUAUCUCGUUACAAACCCGAAUCCAUUCGACAGCCGCGCACAUCAGGCUCGCGUAUCAAUGGAAGACGCAAUUCUUCCAGCGCACGAAAUUCAGUCGUUGAUCCCAUAAAAGAGGUUUGUGGCAUGGAAUCACACAAGAAAAACACCGACGCUGCGCCAUCGGUCCAAGGUUCGUCUACCGACAAAGUGUGCCCCAUACGUUUCCUCGAUCAACACAGCCCAGAGGAGGUUGCUGCCUAUUUCGAGCUACACAAGCAUGAGCUUCCAAGAAGUCACGAAAUAUGCGUAAAGCGAUACCAAAGCAAUGAGGAACAGAUCCGGGAGCUCGAUGCAAAAUACGGUAAUAUUGUUAGCAUGAUACAAGGGCUGGGUCAGAAGCACGUAUCCCUGUUGCCGGAAAAUCUGGGCGAUGAGCAUCUUGAAGCAGAGCAGGACUUGGACGAGGGCGAGCGUGCUAGCCAUGAAAAGAUACGGCAGUGGGCCAGCACCGUUUACACUGGACCAGAUGCCCCAGCCGAGGAGAAAGAGGGAGGAGAGACAGAAGAUGAGCGACUGCCCCGUUUUGAUCGGCCACUCAGAGAUGUUCGUCUAGGCGAGAGUCCGAGUCGACCAUGGGGUAUACAGGUGCCAAUUGAAGCACAAGAUCGUCGCGGAAGUGUGUCUUCGAGCGUAGCAGCUGCUGCGAAACCUGAAGUAUCACAGGCGCCUGUCGAAGCACCCCUUGAAAAGUCCAAGGGGAAAUGUCCAUUCGGUUUCGACCAACAACAACCAUCUGGACAAGACAAGGAGGAUCAAAUCGCCGUUGAACCAAUCGCCAAACCGACCCUGGAAAGAGUGGCUGUCAACGAUACGAAGGCCGAGACAAAACCUACUUUCAUUCAGACCGCGCAGCUCGAAACGUCGACUGAGAAGAAGUUCGGGGACCAGCCAGUUUUCAUCAAGACAGAAUCUGGCGAGCAGAAGAAUGAGGCGGCACAGAUGGUAUUUACCGGACCAGUCUUCAUUGGCUAUUCGGUACAAGAAGCCAUGACUGUGUUACAAUCAAUGCAACGGAACUAG